CGUCGCAUGUCAUAACAAGCAGGCAGUUUGUUUUGAUCGUUUUUUUUCUCUCAUUUGCCAAAUAAGACUGAUUGAUAUAUAUUCUUUUAAAUUAAUAAAUAUCCUAAUUAAUUGAGUUUAUUUUGAUGAAUUGUGUGGCCAAAAUUAAAUUGUUUUGAAUUUACUUCAAUAUUUGCAAUAGAUUGUCAUUUAUAUUCUAUUGGUGUUAACUCUUUAAGAAGCUGGCAAAUAAUAAAUGAACCGAUGACAUUGAAAAUGGAAAGGAGGGAAAACGCGUGAUAUCUGAUGAUGAGGAUGAUGAUAAUCAAUCAAAAAGUCUGCAAAUCAAGUAUUCCACAACAAAAAUGAUGCAGCGAUUAAUAACUGGAACAACAACAAUAAAGGUUACAUAUCUCUACACGAAUUUAUUAAAAAGAUUCACGUGAAAUCGGUAUUGUUUAUAACCGAAAAAAAGUUAAGAAUAUAAUAUAUGGCCAUACAACUCGUCGUCUGCUACGCCGCCGAUUAAUAGCCAAGCAAUUGUACAAACGACCGACUAAGACAACAACAAUAAAAACAACAAACGAUUAGAUAAGUAACUAAGCUAAAGAGUUUGCAAGUCUCCGAGCAACAAAAAUAAGUAAAGGAAAGGAAACCACUUGGCGGCAGUAUCUUUCCGUCGGUGGGUGUUGGUGUUAUUAAGACCAACUAUUUGGGUCUUAUGAGAAAUUCAAGCUAGUCAAUGUUAAAAGAAAAACACACCGUGACAAAUGAUUCCCGCCGCUUUUAGCACACACCAAAUUGUAUUAGGUUCGGGAAGGUGAUAACCAGCAACAACAACAAAAGGAACAUAUACUUACCCCCAUAAAAGUUCACAUUAACUUGCUAAAUAAACAAGUGUCAAGUGCAUUAGAUCUUCCAGUUCUUUUGUGGCAAUAGCCAGCCGUUGCUGUCGCCUUCGCCCGCUGCUUUAUUUUCAUAUUUCGUCUUAUUGGCCGUUAUGAAAUUCUAUUUUUUCCGUUUGUAAUCAAUUAAAAUUUCAAAAAGAAGAAACUAAAGCGAACCCCAUACACCCAAACACACACACAACAAACACCAAACAAAUCCCAACCCUUUAGUAGUUAAUAAUUGAUUGACAAAGCACAAACGACCAGUUUCGAAGAUCGCCUCAAGAUGUUGGAGUGGAAGAAAAUAUCCGGUCUAUUGUGUAUCUUUGGAUUUGUACGUGAACUGCGACCAUCCGAACCCUAUAUUACGGAAUUUUUGGCUGGACCAUGGCGUAAUGUAACGGAAGAUGAGUUGAAUCGUCAAGUCUAUCCUAUGGGCACAUAUUCGUACUUAGCACAAUUAAUUGUAGUGUUCCUUAUAACAGAUUUUUUACUAUACAAACCUCUAAUUAUAACAAUCGGCGUUACCGGCAUAAUAGUAUGGAGUAUGCUGUUGUGGACAACCUCGCUAGAGGCUCUGAUGACCUUAGAAUUCUUCUAUGGUACUUAUAUGGCAGCUGAGGUGGCCUAUUACACCUAUAUUUAUGCAAAAGUUGAUAAGAAAUAUUAUCCCCGGGUGACGUCACAUACCCGGGCGGCAAUAUUUGCCGGUAAACUGGUGGCCAGUUUGAUGGCACAAGCCCUCUUAUAUUUUGAUCUCAUGGAUUACAGGGACCUCAAUUACAUUACUCUGGGAGCUCAAAUCGUAGCCACAUUGUGGGCCUUUACCCUACCCCCGGUCCAUCAAAGUUUAUAUUUUCAUCGUAAAGUUAAUAAUCAAGAAGUACCUGCACUCAAGUCAACGGACUCUUUGGAACGUAGUUCCUGUGAAGAUGGCAAAUCACAGACUAGCGAUACAACGACAGACAAAUUUCAAUUUAAUUCGGUAACAAAUAUUGUCACAAAAACCCCAAUUGGCGCCAAACUGCUGUGGCAACAUUUUACCAAUGCCUAUACGAACUUGAAAGUGGUACAAUGGUCCAUAUGGUAUGCGGUCGGUUUGUGUGGUUAUUUGCAAGUGAUCUCUUACGUCCAGCUGAUGUGGAAAGAUAUUGAACCAAAUCCAGAUGUUUCCUGGAAUGGAGCUGUCGAUGCUGCCUUCACGGCCUUGGCGGCAUUAUUUGCCCUAUUUGCUGGUUACAUUCAUGCUGGACGCCUGCAAUCACACACAAGUCUACUGGUAUUGGCCGCCCUAUCAAUGCUUGAGGGUGGCACUGUCUUAAUGAUCUGUUGGACAUAUAAUAUAUAUGUAUCCUAUGCGGGUUAUAUACUAUUUGGAGCCAUCUAUGGUUUCAUUAUAACAGUGGCUGGCGCUGAGGUGGCCCGCUAUCUGGAAGAAGAAAGUUUCGGUUUGGUCUUCGGCAUCAACACAAUGUUGGCAUUAAUAUUCCAGACCAUCCUAACACUGGUUGUUAUAUCGGAAAAUGGUUUUGCACUCAGUACAAAAGGACAAUUUACAGUAUAUGCGUUUUAUUUUAUAGCCGUUGGUAUAGUUUAUUUUAUAGCUGUUAUUAGUGAAUAUUUCUAUAAGAAAUUUAGAAAAAAUGUUGAUUAGAUGAUGGAUUGUUAUUUUUUGAAGUAGCAGCAGUAAUUAAGAAUUUAACGAAAGAAAAGAAAAAAACAAAACUGAAGACAUUGAAUUUUAAAAUGUGAUAUAUGAGAAGAUGUGUUGAAUGAAUCAAUAAAUAGUAGUUAUUUUUCAAAUGAAGAAGGAAA